GACCCACGAUUAUCAGCUUUAAUUUUUGACAAGCUUCAAGUGCCUGACUAUUUACAGAAAAACAGGAAUGAAGGAGAGAGCAGAUGCGAAACUUGUGCCACUCACUUGAAUCAGCUGAAGCAGGAAGCCAUUCAGAUGAUGCACACCCUCAAUCAAACCAGCUACCCAGAAAUGCCCGAUGUCCCUUCUGGCACUGGGGCAGUGACUAGCAUGGUACCCAGGAUGGUCACUGUCUCUUCCCAGAGAGACCUGCCACUCAUUGCUGGGCAGGUGGGCAGGCAGCCUGGAAAGUCACCGAAUCUCUUCUCUGGGGCAGAGAGGAAGAAGGGACUUGGAUGGUCUCAAGGUGCCGGCAGUUUUCCGAACUCCAGCGUUCAAGUCACGGUGGCCCCCAGUGGUCUCAGCGGCGCUCUGAGCUCAGUCACCAUCCAAGCUCAGCAGUACCUUGAGGGCAUGUGGAGUAUCUCCAGGGUGAACAGCUUCCUGCCUCAGGCUUGUCUAGCAGAAACAGCACCAGAAAGUGGCCGAGAUGGUCCCAAUGUUCAGAUCAGCUCAGGGCAGAACAACUCCGACCCCACAGGAGCAGGUGGCUCAGUAGCCUCCCAGAGCCUGGUUGCUCCAGCUGCGGUCUCGGCAGGUACCUCAGCUGCAGCUUCGUUCUUCAUAAGAGCAGCACAGAAGCUUAACCUGUCUUCGAAGAGAAAGAAAUACCAUCCGCCCCUGCCACACACUCACGACUUCUCUAUUUAUGCUACUAACUUUAGUGGCAUCCUGCAGCUCUGUCCUCCCCCAGCACCACCAUGCCUUCUGAGAGCUGUGUCCAAAAUCAAGGACAACCCUGGCAUUGGAAAG